AUGGCGAACAUAACGGAGCUUUCCCCCAUUUGGCGCACCUUGCCGUACGAUCUGAUACAGGAAAUUCUUGAACACUCUACCGAUCAUGUCAUUGCCUCAUGCAACCACACCGACGACCUUUCCUACAGCGGAUACUUCGACCCCGAGUUCACUGGCCAAGUCUGUCAACACUGGCAAGCCUUCGGUCAAGACAGCCUCUUCAGAUCACAGAGGCUGCGCUUCGAACGACACUUUUGA